AUCUCACUGACACAAGCAUAGUACGCGUUCACCUACACGAGCUUAGACUGUGUGCUAGGAACGCGCCUCUUUCAUAUGUUUGAUCGCCACUGUUCGAGAUGUGCCAGUGCCUUAUAAAGGGUUAACUUAUUAUUCUGCUUACAGACACCCAGCUAGAUUGAUGAAAACGGUUGAAUCCCGCACCAUCACCAUAUUUUCCUUCAAUCACCAUGCGUUUACUAAAGGACAGCUUCUUCACUGUCCUGCCCAUAUUUGCCCUCUUCACGAACACAGGCGCUCAAAAAUGUGACCGGAUCAAAAUCGGGAACGAAUACUACAAGAGACAACUCAUAGCUUCCAUUGACGGCUACCCCACAGGCAUCGUCGUUGAUCCAAGAAAUGAUAACAUUUUUUUUGUUCUACAUAAAAGGAAUUACACACGAGGUAUACAUCUACUUAAACACGGCGCUUUAGGUAUAAAAGAAAUACCUAUAGGAGAUGAUAUGAUAGGACAAUGUAUCGCUGUAGAUGUCCCAAGCAACGUCAUCUACUUUGGAACAAAUCAAGGAUUGGUUACAUUCGAUGCUUCCAGAGAUAUAGUUGCAGCAGAAAGACCGAUCGGCGAUGAUGACAUCCGUUCCAUAUUUAUAGAUAAAACUGACAAUCAAAUGUAUAUAUCGACUGGACCUAAUCAUGAGAUAUUCAAAUUCGUAAACGGAUCAUAUGCAGUAAGAAGGUAUGAGAGGGUCAUGAAAGCGUACAGCUUUCUGUUAGACUCUCAAGCCAAUGCUUUUUACGAAUUCAUCGAUGGAAGAAUCUACUUUUUCGCGACUGAUUACUAUGAGCCUAUACAAUACAAAGGUUUUUCUAGAGAAUUGAAAUACAUACUGAGGUUGAACCAUUUAGAUGAAGCAGUUGUGGCUGUAAAAGGGUCUCUGUUUAAAUUGACAACGAAAAGCAUGUUGCCGGUGAAAAUUGGACAACUCGGGUUCAAGAUUACUGGAAUUGCUUAUGAUGCGAAGAAUAACAUAAUUGUUGGGACUAAAGGGAAGAUAUAUAGAUACAAGCCGAUAGUGAGCAGUGAUCCUUGUCCUGCUGACGACUAUUUCAUGGCCACAAUUUAAGAGGAUCAAUUCUAAGCCGAAGGUACCUUUCACUAAACUAUAGCCCUUACUUACUGGUUUAGAAAUUUGUAGGUACUGAAUUACAUACACUUUGGGUUACUUAGAGGCCAGUGAUUAGAUUUUUAUAAGGUACAGCGGGGCAAAUCUCGACUCGGGGGCAAAUGUAACUGGUCCAUUUUUUCCAUGUUUUAUAUG